AUGCUCGAUCUCGCUACCGUCAACUUCCAGUACCUGGAGGACUCUCUUUGCAACAAGUCUGGCAAUGUUCAACUUGCUGAACGUUUCAGAUCUUUAUUUACACUCAAGAACAUUGCCAACGACCAAGCGAUUGAUAUCAUUUCCAGAGCAUUUGCUGACGAUUCCGAGCUUUUGAAACAUGAACUUGCCUAUUGUCUCGGUCAGAUUGGCAAUCCUCGCGCCAACCCCACAUUGGAGAAGGUGUUGGAAGAUUUGAAUGAGGCAGAGAUGGUUCGUCAUGAGGCUGCUGAAGCUUUGGGUGCUAUCGGCUCUUUGGAGUCUCUUCCCGUCUUGGAGAAAUAUUUGAAGGACGAGAAUCAAUCUGUUGUGGAUACCUGUGAACUUGCUAUUGACAAGAUCAAGUACGAUAACGACCCUCAAACCAAGGCAGAAAGAGAGGCCAACAAGAGUCUCUACAACUCGGUGGAUCCUGCUCCUCCUACUACUGAGACCAAAUCUAUUCAAGAGCUCGAAGCCAUCUUGAUCAAUCCUGAAUACAAGCUGUUCAAGCGUUACAGAGCCAUGUUUGCUUUGCGCGAGAUUGGUAAUACAGAGGCAGUGCUUGCUUUAGCCAAGGGGUUGAAGGAUAGCAGUGCCUUGUUCCGUCAUGAAGUUGCCUAUGUAUUUGGCCAGCUGCAACAUCCUGCCUCUGUGCCUGCUUUGACUGAAUGUCUUCAAGAUCAAAGCGAGGUUCAUAUGGUGCGUCAUGAAGCUGCUGAGGCAUUGGGAUCCAUUGCUACCCCUGAAGUGCUCGCCACCUUGGAUCAGUUCAAGAAGGAUGCCCAGCAGGUUGUACGUGAAAGUUGUGCUGUAGCACUGGACAUGUACGAAUACGAGACUAGUGGAGAAUUGCAAUAUGCUAAUGGUGUCGAAACGCAGCCUCAAAACAUGCAUGCUCUGAAGCUUGCCUCACAAUCAUCUUAA